GCAACUGGCACUGGGUUUGAGGGUUUGGUCCAGCUGUUGCGGAAGGGAAUGGCGUCCAUCACAUAUUCCUCCCUUUGUCUCCCAGAAGACAUCAAGGCUCGUGGAAUGUCUUCCUUGCCUAACUACCACUACAGAGAUGAUGGUCUGAAGAUCUGGGCAGCUAUAGAGAGCUUUGUCUCCAGCGUGGUUGAUUUAUAUUAUAAGGCAGACGACUCCGUCCGGAAAGAUCAUGAGCUGCAGGGCUGGAUCUACGAGAUUUUUCAGAAAGGUUUCCUGGCCCUCACGUCUUCUGGCAUCCCUUCUUCAUUCAGUACUGUGGAAGAAGUGAAAAAAUUCAUCACCAUGGUGAUUUAUACCUGCUCAGCCCAGCACGCUGCUGUGAACACUGGACAGUUUGAUUUUGGUGCCUGGAUGCCGAAUUUCCCUUCCGCCAUGAGGAAGCCCCCUCCCAAAACCAAGGGGCAGGCGAGUCUGAAGAGCUAUAAGGAGACCAUUCCAGAAAUCAACACAACGGCUAACAUCAUCAGCGUCCUGUGGCUUCUCAGUGCUCCAACAGGAGACAUGAUUCCCUUGGGUCAGUAUCCCGACCAUCAUUUCACCGAGAAGGCGCCCCUCAAACUCAUCACAACCUUCCAAGCCCACCUACACAAGAUUUCCAAUGAAAUUAAGAAGAGGAAUAAAUCGCUCGUCAAGAAGGAGCCCCUCACCAAACAGGACGCAUCUCUUCUCAUAGCUUACAAAUAUCUCGAUCCCGCUGAGAUGGAGAACAGUGUCAGCAUUUAA